AUGGCAAUUAGUAAAGUGUGCAAAAAGUUUGAUACUUUGAGGAAGCUUUUUCCCGAUGAAUUGGAUAGAUCUGGAGAAUAUAAUUUUAAAGUUGGAAUGUUCAAGAGCUACUGCCCUAAAGAAAAAUGUAAUAACGAUAUUGAUAAGAUUAAUGCUGUCUGUCUAUGGUUAUUUUAUGAUUUGUUCGGUAAAUCUGGUACUUCAAUUGAUAAUAAUACUUAUAAGGAUGAUCUUGUAUGUAUUAUGAUAUGGUUAAGUUAUAUAUUAAACUUAAAGCCAUCUGAUAAAAUCAUCACAUUAAAAGAUUUUUAUUCUAGUCAUAUAAAAAAUAACACGGAGUAUACUAAUCGUGAAGUUAAUGAUAAAACAUAUGGCAGUUAUAAGGACAUAAUAGAUAAAGUAAAGGAAUAUAUGGAUAUUGAUAUUAAUAAGAUGUCUAAAUUUUAUGAAUUACAUAAAUUGUUAUGUAAUAUGUAUACUGCUUACAUGACAAGUAAUAGUAACGAUUUUUCAAAACAUGCUAAUAAAUUUGUUGCUGAAUAUACACAACUCUUUAAUGAUAUUGGUAAUAAUAUUGACAACAGCUCAUACAGUAAAAUAUUACGUAUUUUUUCCAAAUAUUAUAAUAAUUUUGGAAUAGGCACUGGUUAUAAUACAACAUCAAUAAAUCGUCCUUCAUUACCAACACAAAAAACAGUUGAACAUGUCGAUAUAUCAGAUCCUAAAGAAACUAAAACACAUGGCUUCUCUAGUGGAACAGAUAAACCAAUUCAUGUAGCUACAACCCCGAGUCUUGACACUAAGUUAUCAGAUUCAUCAUUAAUAAAUAAAUUAAUUAUAGUUUUAUCAAUAUUAAUCCCAAUAUCAAUUUUUUUAGGAAUUUCUUAUAAGUAUUCGUUAUUCGGAUUUCGGAAACGAUCUCAAAAACAAUAUUUAAGAGAAAAGAUUAAAAAAUAA